CCUACUCGCAAUACAUAAAUAUUUAUCUGUAGAAGAAAAUGCGUAUGAGUUUCGGAAUUUUUCGAGGUUGCAAACACCAAGAUCAAACAGUGAAAUGUGACCCGGUGGCCCCCAUCUCAUACACAAGCGUCAACCUUCGCGAGGAGUACGCCAACGCGUUCCGCACAGAGUCGUACAACGAGUUGUGGGCCCGGGUCCUCGACCCCGACCAGCCUACCGUCACAAACAUUCUCGCCCGCACCCACGCCAGCACCCACCCAAUCGCCCGUACUCUCCUCGCUAACUUCUUCUCAGAGACCGCCGACGCCUCCCUCCUCUGUGGGCUCUUACUGAAGGGCAUCGACCAUAUCCGUACCCGUUAUCGCCCGCUAAAAUCCGCCAUCGGAUCCGAUAACCCGCAGUCCGUUAACCAGCUACUGACCGACUUGAACCCGUUUAAUUCUUCGACCUCAGCUCAGUUUCAAGCGGUCCAAUCUGGCUCGACAGGUUUGCUCAAGCAGCUCGAAUUAAACCGGAAGAAGACCAGGGCAAAGUUGCGGGCAGCUACGCGUGCGAGGCACGGGUCAGCGGUCCUGUUCGUAGCGCUGGUGACCGCAACUUCCUUGUUCGGCGCGUUCGUCGCGGUCCACGGGCUGAUUGCCCUUGCCGCGCUCCCUGGUCUGGUUCUUGAUUGCGGUCGGUUAGAUCGAACCCUGGCCCAGCUCGACGCCGCGACCAAGGGGAUGUAUAUUUUGAAUCGGGAUUUGGACACGGUAAGCAGGCUCGUGGAGCGGUUGACCGAUGAGGUCGAGCACGUUGUUGGCCUGGCGAAGUUCUGGGAGGAGGAAGGGAGCCUGAUGAACGAGAUCAGAAGAGAGGUGUCGAGGAACGACGCGAGUUUCAGCCAAAAAUUAGAUGAACUCGAGGAGCAUUUGUACCUCUGCUUCUUGACUAUCAACAAGGCUAGAGGGAUCGUGAUGAAAGAGGUUUUGGUGGGGAAUAAAUUGCCAAUUUAAAUCUGAUUUUACAAUGCUGUUUGAGGUUACAUUUUCAUGCGGUGAGGAUUGUGCAGCGUUAAAUUGUUGGAAUAAUAAUGUAAAGCGCGCAAUUAAUUUUUUUUUCCCUUC